UAAAAGAGACUGAAAGGAGAUAGAAAUAGGAAUAGCUCCAACGCCCGGCUCGAGCUCCGAACGGCUUCUGGAGAACGAUAAAAAGAACGAAGAAGAAGAAGAGAAGACGGAGCGGGUGUUGUUCGAGGAAGAAAGCGAGCAGUUUGGUCUCCAAAAGGCGCCCCUUUUGCUCCCUUUCUCCACCUCUUGGUCGUAUCAAACCAAUCCUCUAAUUUGAAGCUUCAAUCAUACCUUGGGAAGGGAGGAAUAUAUUUCGGUGGUUACCAGUUGGAAAUCUUGAUCUUUGAUUUGAUUUGGGCUUGGGAGAUAUGUUGGAAAACGAUUCAGACUUCAUCUCGAGGGUAAUUCAGAGCUCUUCGGAACAGGAAUCCAAUUGGAUUUGCGUGGACUACGACUUCCUGGAGUCCUCGGGCAACAAGAAGCGCCCACUGGAUGAGGAGGUGGAAGAACAGGAACAGGAGGAUCAGGUUCAGGUUAAAAGGAAGAAGUCACCGCAGCAUCCCGAUACCCCUGAUAUCAAAGACGUGCAGCACGCUCUGGAAAAUUCUGAUAACCAUGGAAAUGAUGUGGACUAUAAUGACCCAAGCACAUUCAUCAAUCCUCUUGACAGGGAACUGACAAUUAGCUGUCUUCUUCACCUCUCCCGGUCCUAUUAUGGUACUGUGGCAUGCAUCAACAGUUCCUUCUGCUCGCUCAUCCGAAGUGGGGAGCUCUACCAGCUGCGCCGUCAGAUGGAGAUCGCCGAGCACUGGGUCUACUUCUCUUGUAGUGUCCUUGAGUGGGAGGCAUAUGAUCCCUACCGUGCAUGCUGGAUUACUGUUCCUAAGAUGCCACCUACCGAGAGCUUCAUGUGUUCAGAUAAGGAGUCCCUUGCCGUGGGCACUGAUCUCCUUGUUUUUGGGAGGGAGCUUAAUUCCUACAUUGUUCUUAGAUAUAGCAUUUUGACUAACUCUUGGUCCCCUGGUGUAGUAAUGAAUUCACCUAGGUGUUUGUUCGGAUCUGCUAGCCUUGGAGAGAAAGCUAUUGUGGCUGGUGGUACCAAUGCCCAGGGUGACAUACUUAGCUCUGCGGAGCUUUACAAUUCUGAGACACAGACUUGGGAGACCUUACCUAGUAUGAACAAGGCUCGGAAGAUGUGUUCAGGAGUCUUCAUGGAUAGAAAAUUCUAUGUCAUUGGUGGCAUGGAUAGUAAUAAGGAGAUGCUUACCUGUGGAGAAGAGUACGACUUGGCGAGAGGCUCUUGGAGGGUAAUUCCUAAUAUGUCUGCUGGUCUCAAUGGUGCCAGUGGUGCACCACCACUUGUAGCUGUGGUGAACAAUGAUCUUUAUGCAGCUCAUUAUGCUGAUAAGGAGGUGAGGAAAUACAAUAAGGAUAAUAAUGCAUGGGUGACAUUGGGAAAAUUACCUGAGAGAUCUGUUUCAGUGAAUGGUUGGGGCCUCGCGUUCCGUGCAUGUGGUGAAUGGCUAAUUGUUAUCGGCGGGCCAAGAGGAUCUCAUGGAGGGAUAAUUGAGCUCAAUUCUUGGAUUCCAAAUGAAGGGCCACCCGAAUGGAAUAUGAUUGCAAGCAAGCAUUCAGGAAGCUUUGUUUAUAAUUGUGCUGUGAUGGGCUGCUGAUUUCUCCGAUUCAUCUUGCCUGUAUUUUGCAAUUCCUGGAAGGAUGCACAAUAUUGGCUUAUUAGAGGUGCAUAAAAUACUGAUUCUGCUUAAUGGAUAUCAUUUUCCUUUAGAGAAGUUCAAAUUUAUCUGAAGAUCCAACUGAGUUUUCCUGUCCAUGUAAUUUCCAAGUUCCAUAAUUUUUUACUUCAAUCUCACCCCUCGUGUGUUUUGAAUUUGGAAGCCCGGCCGUAUUUUUGAAAAUAUGGUAUCAUGUAAAAGAAUGUUAGGUUAAUAAUUGGAGGCAGCCAAGUAUUUUGAUCAA